UCCUCCGUGGCUGCCCGCCCUAUCUCCGGCGGCAGCAGCGGCAGCAGCACAAGGGUGCUGGCGGGCGGGCGGUGUCUCCCAGGCGGCCUUGCCCGGAUGUGCUACCCUGACUCAUAGUCGCGCCGCACGCAGGCUCCGCGCCGCUGCUGUGCUCGCCCGCCGCGCUUCGCGCACACGCCUCCCGCACCUCCCUCCGCGCCAGCGGAGAGGCGGUGGCUGCAGCAGCGGCAGGAGGGGAAGGAGGAGGAGGCCGCGGCGGCACCAUGGCUUUAGGUUAAAGGCUUCAUUCACAAUGUUUCAUGAAAACAGAAUAUUCAGAGGUGGUUUCGGAAGUCUGUGAGGAAUAUCUGGCUUUCUACAGCAUCAAACUAGAAGUGGAAAGAGAAAGGGCAAAAGAACAGCUGAAACCUGAGGGAAACGAAGCUUAAUAAUGGAAAUGAGAAAGGUACCGAGACAAGAAUAGAAGGCAACGAAAAUCCCCUGAGGGAAAUGUAUCAAGGGAGAGAAAUACUAGAAGCAGAGGAAAAACAGGGACAAUAGAUGGAUGAAUGGAACAACAGAGGACAGAAACAGGAGACAGAAAUGAGGAAGGAGCUCUAUUCUGCAGCCCAUUGGGGUAUAAACGUAAAUAAAAUGAGAUAAUCUAAGUGAUGCCCUGAAAAAGCUGAAGAUAACAACCACUGACAGCACAGCAGAUAGCUUGGAGGGAUGCUUGGACUGUCUGCUUCAAGCUCUGGCACAAAAUAAUAUGGAGACAAGUGAAAAAAUCCAGAAAAGUGGAGUUCUUCAGGUGUUCGGGAGUCUGUUGACGCCACAAUCUUCCUGCACAGCAAAAGUAGCUAACGUCAUAGCAGAAGUAGCCAGAAAUGAAUUUAUGCGAAACCCAUGUGUGGAUGCCGGGUUGAUCCCUCCUUUGGUGCAGCUGUUAAACUGCAAAGACCAGGAAGUAUUGCUUCAAACAGGACGUGCCCUGGGCAAUAUAUGCUACGAUAGCCAUGAGGGCAGGAACGCAGUUGACCAUGCAGGUGGUGCACAUAUUGUAGUAGACCAUAUAAGGUCACUGUGCAGUAAAACAGAUCCAGCCAGUGAGAAGCUCUUGACUGUCUUUUGUGGCAUGCUGAUGAACUAUAGCAAUGAGAAUGAUACCCUGCAGUCACAGCUUAUCAAUAUGGGUGUUAUACCUACAUUAGUGAAAUUGUUGGGUAUUCAUUGCCAAAAUGCAGCUCUGACAGAGAUGUGCCUUGUUGCAUUUGGCAAUUUAGCAGAACUUGAGUCAAGUAAAGAGCAGUUUGCCUACACAAACAUUGCUGAAGAGCUUGUUAAGCUGUUCAAGAAGCAAAUAGAGCAUGAUAAAAGAGAGAUGAUUUUUGAAGUUUUGGCUCCCCUGGCAGAAAAUGAUGUCAUUAAACUGCAGCUGGUUGAAGCUGGCUUGGUGGAGUGCCUACUUGAGAUUGUCCAGAAGACUGUGGACAGCGACAAAGAGGAUGAUGUUGCAGAGCUUAAAACAGCUUCUGAUCUUAUGGUUUUAUUAUUGCUUGGAGAUGAAUCCAUGCAAAAGUUAUUUGAAGGAGGAAAAGGCAGCGUAUUCCAAAGAGUACUCUUGUGGAUUCCUUCCAACAGCCAUCAGCUACAGCUUGCAGGAGCAUUGGCUAUUGCAAAUUUUGCCAGAAAUGAUGGAAACUGCAUCCAUAUGGUGGAUAAUGGCAUAGUUCAAAAGCUGAUGGAUCUGCUAGACAGACAUGUGGAGGACGGAAAUGUAACUGUGCAGCACGCCGCACUGAGUGCUCUCAGAAACCUGGCUAUUCCUGUUGUAAAUAAGGCUAAGAUGCUAUCAGCUGGUGUUGCAGAAGCUGUAUUGAAAUUUCUCAGAUCGGAGAUGCCCCCUGUUCAGUUCAAGCUGCUGGGAACAUUAAGAAUGUUAAUAGAUGCACAAGCAGAAGCAGCCGAACAGCUGGGCAAAAAUGUCAAACUGGUGGAACGAUUGGUGGAAUGGUGUGAAGCCAAGGAUCACGCAGGUGUGAUGGGGGAAUCCAACAGACUACUUUCCGCACUUAUACGACACAGCAAAUCAAAAGAUGUAAUUAGGACCAUUGUACAGAGUGGAGGCAUAAAGCAUUUAGUAACCAUGGCAACCAGUGAACACGUAAUAAUGCAAAACGAAGCUCUCGUUGCACUGGCAUUAAUAGCGGCUUUAGAGUUAGUCACCGCUGAAAAGGAUCUCGAAAAUGCUCAGCUUGUUCAGAUUCUACACAGAUUGCUCUCAGACGACAGGAGUGCUCCAGAAAUAAAAUACAACUCCAUGGUGUUGAUCUGUGCCCUUAUAGGAUCUGAGCCUCUUCAAAAGGAAGUGCAGAGCAUGGCGUUUCUAGAAGUCAUAUCAAAACUCCGCAGCCAUGAGAACAAAACUGUUGCCCAGCAGGCCUCACUAACAGAGCAGAGACUUGCUGUAGAAAGCUGAGGAAGGUCUUGUUUCCAGUGCAUCCCAUCACAGAUUUCACCUUUGUCCUCCGUCCUGCUGCCGCUCCUGCUGUGUUUUCCACUGUAUCACUGUGCAUGCGUGUAAUGUUCCCACACAAAUUGAUGAACUGCUGUAGGUACCCAUCCAAAAAGGUUUCUACAAAUUCAUAGGUGGUGUUAACAUGAACCUGUCUCCACCUGUAACUGUUCUACUUGUAUUCUUGUUGCUUGGGCCACAUAAUAGAAUGUGCAUGUUGUAGUCCUAUGAUGACGUAGAAGUGGUACUACACAAUGACUCUUUCCUCACGCCCCCUAACUGCGUAACAAUGUACUACUAAAUUAGGGAUGAUACAAGAUGCAGCAAGUCCAGACUAGUGUGCUGACUGUAGGAUUAAGCAGUAAACCUAGCUCAAUUUUUGGUGCUUUGGAGGUUCAGGUUUGAAUGCAAUGUACUGCUCAUUCACUGGUCUUGCCUAUUAAUGUCAAACUCGUGGUACCCAGAGGUAACAAAUAAAAAUUUCAGUGCCCUCACUUUA